AUGUCGCCUGGGGUCAACCUGCGGUCCCGGGCCUCUCACGCCCGGUACGAGGGAUGGCGGGGUCGAUCUCCGGUCCCGGGCGACUCGGUCCGGGGCCCGAGGGCCCGCAAGGUCGACAAAACCUCCCGGGCGACUCGGGUCCUGGUCCAAGCCCCGCGGUGUCAACCAGAUGUCCCGGGCGACUUCGGCCAGGCUCCAAGUGCCUGCGGGCUCGACCCGCGGUCCCAGGUGACUCGGGCCCGACUCCGGCUCGGCUCCGAUGCCUGCGGGGUCCCAGCUGUCCGGGCCCCUGUGCUUGAGUCCGAGGGCCCGCGGUGUCGACCAGUUUUACCGGGCCAAUCGGGCCCGGGUUUGAGGGGCCGCGGUGUUGACAAGCGGUCCUGUGUGACUCCGGGCCGGGUCCGAGGGCCCAUGAGUUUCACCAGCCUCCCGGGUGACUCGGGCCCGGGUCCGAGGGCCCUCCGUGAUGACCAGCUGUUCGGAGCGAUUCGGGCCUGGGUCCGAGGGCCCGCGGUGUCGACCGGCUCUCCCGUGCGACUCGCACCCGUGCCCAAGGGCCCGCGGGGUCGACAAGCAGUCUUUGGAGACUCCGGGCCAGGUCCGAGGUCCGCGUGCCGGCGGGGUCAACCAGAUGACACGGGCGACUCGGGCCCGGACCUGAGAGCCUGCGGGGUCGACCAGCUGUCCCGGGCGAAUCGUGCCCGGGUCCGCGCCCGUGCCCGAGGGCCUACGGUGUCCUCCAGCUGUCCCGGGGACUCGGACCAUGCCCGAGGGCCCGCAGGGUCGACAGUCGUGGGCGACUCUGGGCCAGGUCCGAAGUCCAACGGGUUCCACCAGCUGUCCCGGGUGACCAAGGACUGGAUCCGACGGCCCUCGGUGUCCACCUGCUGUCUAGGGCACUCGGGCCCGGGUCCAAGGGCCCGCGGGAUCGGCCAGCUCUCUCGGGCGAAUCGUGCCCGGGUCCGCGUGCCAGCGGGGUUGACCAGAUUUCACGGGCGAUUCGGGCCCGGGCCUGAGGGCCUGCGGGGUCGACCAGCUGUCCUGGGCGACGCCGGCCUGGCUCCGAAGGCCCGCGGGGUCGACCCGCUGUCCCGGGUAACUCGGGCCCAGGAGCGAGGGCCCGCGGUGUUCUCCAUCCCUCCCGGGCGAAUGGCGCUCGUGUCUGUGACCCGCGCCCAUGCCCGAAGCCCCGCGGUGUCAACCAGAUGUCCCGGGCGACUUCGGCCAGGCUCCAAGUGCCUGCGGGCUCGACCCGCGGUCCCAGACUCCGGCUCGGCUCCGAUGCCUGCGGGGUCCCAGCUGUCCGGGCCCCCUGUGCUUGAGUCCGAGGGCCCGCGGUGUCGACCAGUUUUACCGGGCCAAUCGGGCCCGGGUUUGAGGGGCCGCGGUGUUGACAAGCGGUCCUGUGUGACUCCGGGCCGGGUCCGAGGGCCCAUGAGUUUCACCAGCCUCCCGGGUGACUCGGGCCCGGGUCCGAGGGCCCUCCGUGAUGACCAGCUGUUCGGAGCGAUUCGGGCCUGGGUCCGAGGGCCCGCGGUGUCGACCGGCUCUCCCGUGCGACUCGCACCCGUGCCCAAGGGCCCGCGGGGUCGACAAGCAGUCUUUGGAGACUCCGGGCCAGGUCCGAGGUCCGCGUGCCGGCGGGGUCAACCAGAUGACACGGGCGACUCGGGCCCGGACCUGAGAGCCUGCGGGGUCGACCAGCUGUCCCGGGCGAAUCGUGCCCGGGUCCGCGCCCGUGCCCGAGGGCCUACGGUGUCCUCCAGCUGUCCCGGGGACUCGGACCAUGCCCGAGGGCCCGCAGGGUCGACAGUCGUGGGCGACUCUGGGCCAGGUCCGAAGUCCAACGGGUUCCACCAGCUGUCCCGGGUGACCAAGGACUGGAUCCGACGGCCCUCGGUGUCCACCUGCUGUCUAGGGCACUCGGGCCCGGGUCCAAGGGCCCGCGGGAUCGGCCAGCUCUCUCGGGCGAAUCGUGCCAGGGUCCGCGUGCCAGCGGGGUUGACCAGAUUUCACGGGCGAUUCGGGCCCGGGCCUGAGGGCCUGCGGGGUCGACCAGCUGUCCUGGGCGACGCCGGCCUGGCUCCGAAGGCCUGCGGGGUCGACCAGCUGUCCCGGCUAACUCGGGCCCAGGCCCCCGGGCCCGCGCGGCCCGUGCCCGAUGUCGCCCGGGGUCAACCCGCGGUCCCGGGCCUCUCACGCCCGGUUCGAGGGAUGGCGGGGUCGAUCUCCGGUCCCGGGCGACUCGGUCCGGGGCCCGAGGGCCCGCAAGCCCCGCGGUGUCAACCAGAUGUCCCGGGCGACUUCGGCCAGGCUCCAAGUGCCUGCGGGCUCGACCCGCGGUCCCAGACUCCGGCUCGGCUCCGAUGCCUGCGGGGUCCCAGCUGUCCGGGCCCCCUGUGCUUGAGUCCGAGGGCCCGCGGUGUCGACCAGUUUUACCGGGCCAAUCGGGCCCGGGUUUGA